GCAUUUGGGAAACUUCACCGAAAACAUGGAGUUUUCCGAAAUGAUUUGCAGCGCUUGUGUCACUCGACUCCCAUUCCUCUGGUUCUACAACAAGACAUACGGUCAAAAACUUCGCAUCGAAAUGAAUGACUCGAACGCAGACAUCGAUGUCUCGUCCACUGAACCCAAUGCUGAUCCAAAUGUGUCGACAAAAAGCGAGUCAUUGGUGGCUAAGGAGGCCGUCGACAGCGGUAUCGAAAACUCGUGCGAUUCGGUGGCCGACUCUUCGGGCGCCGGAAAGCCUAACGAAUGCAAACUCAAGGCAUUGAAGUCGGGAGCGGAUGGCGCGCACCCACCGACCGGCCAGUUGUCGGCCACCUAUUGGCCAAUGGAAUGGCGCCGACAGCUCUGCAAAUGCAACGCCUGUCUCAGUGUCUACGCGGACAACAAAUGCCAGUUCUUGACGGACGACAAGGAUAUGGUUCACUACUACGAGAAGGAGGGCAUGACGUCGAACACCCGGGUCAGCGACUACGACAAGGGGCUGUCCGAGUUG